UGGAUAUUCGUGAAAUCAAAGAGAUUCGUCCAGGAAAAAACUCGCGUGAUUUUGAUCGGUACCAGGAGGAUCCAUGUUUCCGACCAGACCAGUCUCACUGCUUUGUUGUCCUCUAUGGCACAGAAUUCCGCCUGAAGACCCUCAGCUUGCAAGCCACUUCCGAGGAUGAGGUCAAUAUGUGGAUCAAGGGGCUGAACUGGCUGGUGGCAGACACUCUGAGAGCACCCACCCCCCUGCAGAUUGAAAGGUGGCUCCGGAAGCAAUUCUACUCACUGGAUCGCAACCGGGAAGACAGGAUCUCUGCCAAGGACCUGAAGAACAUGCUGUCUCAGGUCAACUACCGAGUCCCCAACAUGAGGUUCCUGCGGGAGAGACUCACGGAUGUGGAGCAGAGGAAUGGGGAUAUCACCUAUGGGCAGUUUGCACAACUCUACCGCAGCCUGAUGUUCAGCGCCCAGAAAACGAUGGAUGUCCCAUUCCUGGAAAGGGGUGGAGAAAGGUCUGAGCACUUCAGGGUGUCACUGCUGGAGCUGCAGAAGUUCUUGCUGGAGUACCAGAGGGAGCUCUGGGCUGCAGAUAUCCUUCAGGUACAGGAAUUCAUGUUCAACUUUCUGAGAGACCCUUUGAGGGAGAUUGAUGAGCCUUAUUUCUCCGUGGAUGAAUUUCUCACCUUCCUGUUUUCCAAAGAGAACAGCAUCUGGAACUCACAACUGGACAUGGUGUGUCUGGAGAACAUGAACAACCCCCUCUCCCAUUACUGGAUCUCCUCCUCACACAACACGUACCUGACGGGGGAUCAGUUCUCGAGCGAGUCCUCGCUGGAGGCCUACGCACGCUGCUUGCGCAUGGGAUGUCGCUGCAUCGAGCUGGAUUGCUGGGACGGUCCUGAUGGCAUGCCAGUCAUCUACCAUGGACACACCUUAACCACCAAGAUCAAGUUCUCUGAUGUCUUGGUCACUAUCAAGGAGCAUGCCUUUGUCACCUCUGAUUUCCCUGUGAUUCUGUCCAUCGAGGACCACUGCAGCAUUGCCCAGCAGAGGAACAUGGCUCAGAAUUUCAAGAAGGUCUUUGGGGACAUGCUCUUGACCAAACCCGUUGAUAUUUCUGCUGAUGGCCUUCCCUCUCCAAACCAGCUCAAGAGGAAGAUUCUCAUCAAGCACAAGAAGCUGGCGGAGGGCAGUGCUUAUGAGGAGCUGCCCACGUCUGUAAUGUAUUCAGAAAAUGACAUCAGCAACUCCAUCAAGAACGGGAUCCUCUACCUGGAAGACCCCAUCAAUCACGAGUGGAACCCACAUUACUUUGUCCUGACCAGCAGCAAGAUCUAUUACUCUGGGGAGACAACCAGUGACCAAGGAAAUGAGGAUGAGGAAGAGCAAAAGGAGGUGAGCAACAGCACGGAGCUUCACUCCACGGAGAAGUGGUUCCAUGGCAAGCUGGGAGCAGGACGCGACGGGCGGCACAUCGCGGAGCGGCUGCUGACGGAGUACUGCAUCGAGACCGGCGCCCCCGACGGCUCCUUCCUCGUCAGGGAGAGUGAGACCUUUGUUGGAGACUACACCCUCUCCUUCUGGCGCAACGGGAAGGUGCAGCACUGCCGGAUCCACUCGCGGCAGGAUGCUGGCAGCCCCAAGUUCUUCCUGACGGACAACCUGGUGUUCGACAGCCUCUACGACCUCAUCACCCACUACCAGGAGGUGCCACUGAGGUGCAAUGAGUUUGAGAUGAGGCUGACAGAGCCCGUGCCACAGACCAAUGCCCACGAGAGCAAAGAGUGGUACCAUGCCAACCUCACCCGGGCCCAAGCCGAGCACAUGCUGAUGCGAGUGCCACGUGACGGAGCCUUCCUGGUGCGCAAGAGGAGUGAGCCCAGCUCCUAUGCCAUCUCCUUCAGGGCGGAAGGGAAGAUCAAGCACUGCCGGGUGCAGCAGGAGGGCCAGACUGUGCUGCUGGGCAACUCUGAGUUUGAGAGCUUGGUGGACUUGAUCAGCUACUAUGAGAAGCAUCCGCUGUACCGCAAGAUGAAGCUGCGGUACCCCAUCAACGAGGAGACGCUGGAGAAGAUCGGGACAGCGGAGCCAGACUACGGAGCCCUCUAUGAGGGACGCCAUCCCGGGUUCUAUGUGGAAGCCAACCCCAUGCCCACCUUCAAGUGUGCAGUCAAAGCCCUGUUCGACUACAAGGCACAGCGGGAGGACGAGCUCACCUUCACCAAAAACGCCAUCAUCCAGAAUGUGGAGAAACAGGAAGAAGGCUGGUGGAGAGGAGAUUAUGGUGGCAAGAAGCAGCUGUGGUUCCCUUCCAACUAUGUAGAGGAAAUCACUAGUCCCAGUAACCUGGAGCCAGAGCGGGAGCAGCAGCUGGAUGAGAACAGCCCCCUGGGAGACCUGCUUGGUGGUGUCCUGGAUGUGCCCUCCUGCCAGAUUGCCAUCCGCCCCGAGGGGAAGAACAACCGGCUCUUCGUCUUCUCCAUCAGCAUGUCCUCGGUGUCGCGCCUGUCCCUCGACGUGGCCGCCGAUACGCACGAGGACCUGCUGGACUGGGUGAAGAAGAUCCGGGAGGCAGCGCAGACAGCUGACGCACGGCUCUCUGAAGGGAAGAUGAUGGAGAGGAGGAAGAAAAUUGCCCUGGAGCUUUCGGAGCUUGUGGUCUAUUGCCGACCUGUGCCCUUCGAUGAAGAGAAGAUCGGCACAGAGAGAGCCUGUUACCGAGAUAUGUCCUCCUUCCCCGAGACCAAGGCGGAAAAGUAUGUCAACAAGAUCAAAGGCAAGAAGUUCCUGCAGUACAACCGUCUGCAGCUCUCCCGCAUCUACCCCAAGGGCCAGCGCCUGGACUCCUCCAACUACGACCCCCUGCCCAUGUGGAUCUGUGGCAGCCAGCUGGUGGCACUCAACUUCCAGACCCCAGACAAACCCAUGCAGAUGAACCAGGCCUUGUUCAUGUCCAGUGGGCAGUGUGGCUAUGUCCUGCAGCCAACCAACAUGCGAGAUGACAUCUUUGACCCCUUUGACAAGAGCACACUGCGAGGCAUCGAGCCACUCUCCAUCUCCAUUGAGGUCCUGGGGGCUCGGCACCUUCCCAAAAAUGGAAGGGGAAUUGUUUGUCCGUUCGUGGAGGUGGAGGUGUCUGGCGCAGAGUACGACAACGCCAAGCAGAAAACUGAGAUCGUGGCAGACAAUGGCCUGAACCCUCUCUGGACCCCGAAGCAGUUCCACUUUCAGGUCAGCAACCCUGACUUUGCCUUCCUUCGCUUCGUGGUGUACGAGGAGGACAUGUUCAGCGAUGAGAACUUCCUGGCUCAGGCCACCUUCCUGGUGAAAGGCUUGAAGACAGGUUUCCGAGCUGUUCCCCUGAAGAACAACUACAGUGAGAACCUGGAGCUGGCUUCCCUGCUGGUCAAGAUAGACAUUUUCCCUAGCAAGCAGGAGAAUGGUGACAUACACAUCUUCAAUGCUUCAACCCUACGGGAACGAGCAGGGGAUGCCUCGAGUCAGCUGCUGUCAAUGAGAGGCAGAGAAGGGUCCUUCGAGUCGCGGUACCAACAGCCUUUUGAGGAUUUCCGUGUGUCACAGGAGCAGCUCACUGACCACUUUGAGAGUCGGGAGCGAAGGGUACUGCGGCGGACCCGGGUCAACGGUGACAACCGGCUGUAGCCCAUCCCGGCGGGGAAAGCCCCUCCAGUGCUUGUGAAUCUCACAGCACGCUGUGAACUGGUUUCUAUGGAAACGGCACUGCUAUGGCCUACUUUCAGGCAGCUUUUCCAGUUUCUCUGCUGAAGUGUGUUCAAGUGGAGAACUAAAAAAAAAAAAAAAA